UGUGAAAGAUAGGAAGGGGAACCACAUGUACGUCAUCCACCCCAUCUAUAUAUUCAACUACUUUCCAUAGGCAAAACAAACCAAAUCACAUUACUCUUUCAUUUUAACUUAGAUGUGUCUUCACUUAUGUUGAUUCACAACACAUCAAUGGCAUCUUCUUCUUAUUCUUCUCAGUUGCGUAAAAACUACGAUGUAUUUCUUAGUUUCAGAGGAGAAGAUACCCGCAAAACUUUUGCAGAUUAUCUCUACUCCACUCUUGAGGAUCGGCUGAUCUCUACUUACAAGGACGAUGUAGCACUUCCCCGAGGUGAAUCCAUCCGUCCAUCCCUCUUCAAGGCUAUCGAAGGGUCACGAAUUGCUGUUAUUAUAUUUUCAGAAAAAUAUGCGGACUCUUCAUGGUGUUUGGAUGAACUUGCACAUAUUAUGAAAUGCAGGGAAGAGAGAAACCUAAUUGUUAUGCCCGUAUUCUAUUGUGUGGAUCCCUCAGAAGUGAGAAAACAGAAGGGAAAAUUCGAAGAAGCAUUUGCCAAACACAAGAUAGAGAACAACAACAAGGUUGAAUCAUGGAGAGAUGCACUUGUUCGUGCAACUGAAAUUGCUGGAUGGGAACCCAAAAACAUUGCAAACGGCCAUGAAAUGAAAGCCAUCAACCAAAUUGUUGAUACAAUUUUUGAGACAUUGUUUUCCUUAACAUCAUUAGAUGUUGAGGAAGACCUUGUCGGAAUGGGGGUUCGCCUGCAACAACUAGAAGCAGAAGUAGAUAUCAAGUCGCCCGGUGUGCGCAUGGUUGGGAUAUGGGGGGUCGGGGGCAGUGGUAAGACUACUCUUGCAACUUCUAUUUGUAUGAGAAUCUCUUGUCAUUUUCAAGGUCAUUGUGUUGUUGAAAAUAUUCGAGAGGAAUCAGCCACAUGUGGUUUAAAAACAUUGCAAGAAAAAAUUCUAUCGUGUCUUUUGAAAACAGAGACUAGGUUGCAGAGUGUUGCACAAGGAAAGCACAUUAUAAGAAGUAGGUUAAGUCAAAGCAAUGUUUUAAUAAUUCUUGACGAUGUCGAUCACAUUGACCAACUAGAUGCUUUAGCCGGAUCGAAUGAUUGGUUUGGCAAUGGGAGCCGAAUCAUAAUCACAACAAGAAAUGAAGAAUUGCUAAUAAGCCACAAGGAAGUCCAAGUAUUUCCUGUCACAUUGUUAUCACGUGAAGAAGCUAUUCAACUUUUUAAUAAAAGAGCAUAUAACAAAAACAAGCCUAUAAAAGAUUAUGAUUCACUUUCAUUAAGUGUGGUUUCUUAUGCUGCUGGGCUCCCAUUAGCCCUCAAAGUUAUAGGUUCUUUUCUAUGUGGCAAAAACGAGGAGGAGUGGAGGUGUACCUUGGCUAGACUGAAAGAAAAACCAGAUAUGGAAAUUGUGGAAAUCCUCAAAAUUAGUUAUGAUGGACUUAAACCUUUGGAGAAACAGUUAUUCUUAGAUAUCACAUGCUUCUUCAGGUGGGAAAGCACGCUUCAUGCAAUGGAGGUAUUUGAAGCCUGUGGUUAUGGUCCCGGUAUUGGUAUAGACAUAACAGUGUUGAGACAAAAAGCUCUAAUAACUAUUGUGAAUGGUAGGUUUAUUAUGCAUGAUCUCAUUCAAGAAAUGGGUCAUUACAUUGUUAGACACGAACAUCCUAAUGAUCCUGAAAAGCAUAGUCGAGUUUGGAAACGUGAUGAAAUAGAAAACAUGCAUCUUAGGGAUACAACAAUGGUAAUGGAAAAUGCUAAGAUCAAAGCGAUACAAUAUUUAGAUCCUCGUGAUGGUUAUUUAUCACUCUUCUGCCAGAAUGUUUCAAAUAUGAAGAACCUAAGGUACCUUAAAGCAGUACUGACUACGCUGGAUUACAUUGAUGAGAAUACCGAAGCGCCUAGUUUUCUUUCAAAUGAGUUGUGCUAUAUAGAAUGGAAGGGGUAUCCUAGAAGUCCAUUCCCAAACAGUUUCAAACCAAUGAAGCUUGUUACUUUAAAACUUCAAUACAGCUUGCAAAAGAAACUUUGGAAGGGUUACAAGCAUCUACCAAAUUUGAAAGUGCUUCUGCUUAGUCACAUGGGGUAUCUACUUAGCACACCAGAUUUUGAUGAACUUCCAUGCCUUGAAAAGUUGAUACUCAAUAGCUGUGGGUUAAAAAAGAUUCAUCCAUCACUUGGAAAUCACAAAAGUGUAGAAUACGUAAGUAUAACGGGUUGUUGGAAGCUAAGAAUGGUUCCUAAGAUUGUUCAUAUGGGAAAGCUUAAGACUCUUAAAAUCCACCACCCCUCCUUCACUUAUAUUAAGAAGUUCCCAACGGUGAAGUUCCCAAAGGUCGAAUCAAACAUGGAAAGCUUGGUAGAGUUAUCUUUGGAAUGUAUGGAGAUAGAUACUCUACUCUCAUUAAUUGGUGAGCGAUGUGCCAACCUUAUUUCGGUAGAGUUGAGAGACUGUUGUAUAAAGAAGAACAAAGCCAACUUUGAUGGAUUACGACAUCUGGAAAAGUUCACAUUAAAUGGCUUGUUUUAUCUGGAUAUGCCUGGCAAUCUUUUUUGUAACUUCUGGUUAAAUACUAUUAAAGUUGAUCGUAGAAGAUAUAUUAGGCCACCGUUCGUGUUCCCACAGUUCACACAUUUACGGAAAUUGAAUGUGAGUGUUUGUGGGUUGACAGAUGCAGCAAUGCCAUCUGAGAUUGGCGAGAUAUUCAACUUAGAAGAGUUAGAUCUAAGUUAUAAUCAUUUUACAAAAUUAGAUUUCUGCCUCUCACAACUUACUAGGCUCAAAGUCCUCAACCUGACUCAUUGUGGAGAGCUUCUAGAAUUGCCGGAGCUACCAUCAGGUUUAAUAAUCCUUAGAGUAGAAUUUUGCUACUCACUUACAAUCGUUACAGAAUUUUACACACGUUGUAAAUGUUUAUGUGACGUUUCAUUUUCGGGAGUGAGAACUAUAAAUGAUGGCGACCAAUUACUAGAAUCCAUGUUUCAGGUAUCUCUGUCUCUCUCUGAAUAUUAAUAAUUGAAGCUUUACAUCUACACACACUGACACACACAAUAUUCAAUAUGGUUCAUGGUAAUAA